ACUUUUCAUACUACUGAAAAAAAUAGAGUGAGAAACUACUAAAAAAGAAAAUAGAUUGAAAAUAAAAAAUUAGAAAGAAGACAUGUGGAAAAAUAACUAGUACUUAAUACAAGGAUGGAUUAUUCGUAUUUGAACCAAGCGGCGGCAGCGGCGGCCGCCGGAUUCGAAGCUUCAAGUUGUGCAUUGGCGAGCGACAUGCAGUGUGGAUACGGAGAUUUAGGAUCUUGUUCGCAGAUGAGCCAAGCGGCGUACCGAUAUACGGCCGCGAGAGCCGCAGGGUAUCCGGGAAAUUCCGCAGGAGGAGGCGCUACCAGCGGGCCCACGCUUGGUGGCCACCAUGCAAGUCACCCUCAUGCCCAUGCCCACCAUGCGGCCCAUGCUACCCCCUGCUCGGUAAUGGCCGCAAGAACUCAAGAUGUUCAUCGACAUGCUGCUUCUAUAUUUAAUCAGUCUAUUAAUCUUCAAAGUGGUCUUGGGUACAAAGCAUAUUCGGCUCAUGACGGAUUAGCUGAGAAAAGAAAACAGCGACGGAUAAGAACGACAUUUACAUCAGCGCAGCUGAAAGAACUGGAACGCGCGUUUCAAGAAACACAUUAUCCUGACAUUUAUACGAGAGAAGAAAUUGCCAUGAAGAUUGACCUUACGGAAGCCAGAGUACAGGUAUGGUUCCAAAACCGACGAGCGAAAUUCAGAAAGCAGGAGCGCAUGGCCCAGCAAAAAUCAACUAGCCAAAAUUCGGUCGGCGUGGAUAGCGGAGCUUCCAGCCCGAUUCAGAACAGCGUAAAAGCUGAAAGCCGUUCACCCAGGAGUCCCGCGACCCCCGUAGGCUCCAACAGCCACCUGUCCGCAGCGGAGAUAAAACCGCUCGCGAAUCCCAAUUUACUGAGCAUAAAACAGCAGCAGCACGCUGACAGUCACAGCGAAAAUCCCUCGAAUGGCGGCAGUCGUGGAAGUGCCGGCGGGGGUGGAGGAAACGGAAAUGGAAGUGGAACUGGAAGUGGAGUCGGUGCCUGGGGAUCCUGUAGUCCUCGGCCUUUUUCUACGACACUGCCUCCGUAUCUUCUCGAUCCUCUUCCUCUUAAAACUGCUAAUUUAUAUUAAUUUUUAUUUUUAUUAUUAUCAUCAUCAUAAUUAUUUAAUUUCAUUUA